AUGUGGAAAGCAGCAACAGAUGUCACAGCACCAGCGCCAGACGAAGCUGAUGACUGGGAGACAGAUCCUGACUUUGUCAAUGACGUCAGUGAGCAUGAGCAACGUUGGGGACCUGGUGGCAGGAAUGUCGAAGCCAUUGAUAUGGCAAAGUUAAGGGAGGAGGUUCUGGAAGAAGACAAGUUGCUGAAGAAAAAAGAAUAUGAACAAGGACCUAAACCUUCUUUUGGUUACGGUGGAAAAUUUGGCGUACAACAAGACCGCAUGGACAAGUCAGCAGUGGGCCACGAUUAUGUCGGCAAAACUGAGAAACACGUGUCACAAAAGGAUUAUGCUCAAGGUUUUGGAGGUAAAUUUGGCGUGCAAGCCGAUAGGAUGGACAAGUCGGCCGUGGGCCACGACUACGUGGCCAAGGUUGAGAAGCACGUGUCGCAGACUGACUACGCACAGGGCUUCGGAGGGAAAUUCGGCGUGCAGACCGACAGGGUGGAUAAGAGUGCGGCUGGAUGGGAGCACCGCGAGGAGGUGGCGAAGCAUCCGUCACAGCGGGACUACGCGAUCGGCUUCGGCGGCAAGUUCGGUGUGCAGGACGACCGGCGCGACGCGGCCGCGCUGGGCUGGGACCACCACGAGACCACGCAGCACCACCACUCGCAGACCGAUUACGCCAUAGGUUUCGGUGGCAAAUUCGGUGUACAGACGGACAGACAGGACGCGUCCGCUGUGGGCUGGGACCACGUGGAGAAAACUCCAGCACACGCCAGCCAGGUCGACCAUAAGAAGGGUUUCGGUGGUAAGUUCGGCGUUGAAUCGGACAGGGUGGACAAAUCGGCGCACAGGUUCGACGAGGUGGAGAAGGUGGGCACAAACUACACGAAGCAAAAGCCGGAUAUAGGGGGCGCGAAGCCGUCUUCCAUACGUGCCAAGUUCGAAAACAUGGCUAAAGAGAAGGAACAGGAGGCGAUGCAGCAUGUGCAGAAAAUUAGGCAAGAGAGACUAAUGAUGGACAAGGAACUGUCGCAAAAGGAAAAAGAAAAAUCAGCUAAAGAAAUAGAUGAAGUCCCACAAAAAGAGUCGGAGCAAAAACAAGUCGUUCAGAAACAACCCGAAGCGGCAGUGAAAGCAGUCAAACAAACAGAAGAACAGACAAGCAAAAAAAUAGAAAAGGCUGAUGUAGUUAUAGAAAACCCUCCAAGUAGUCAGGAGGCUGAAGUGAAACCCAACUUGCCCGAUGUAACUCUAGUCGGUGAGCCUAAAGAAGACAAAGAUGAAUGCCGGCAGCCCACGAUCGUGGUGUCGCCGGUGGGCUGGGAGGGCGCGGGCGGGGCGGGGGGCGCGGAGGGCGACGAGGAGGAGGAGGAGGACGGCUACACGGCGCGCGCGCUCUACGACUACCAGGCCGCCGCGCCCGACGAGAUCUCCUUCGACCCCGACGACCUCAUCACCAACAUCGUUAUGAUCGACGAAGGCUGGUGGCAGGGUCUUUGCAAAGGCGCGUACGGCUUGUUCCCCGCCAACUACGUGCAACUUCAAGACAAAUAA